AUGCUUUCAUUCUUCACCUCUAAGAAGACCGUGGCUCGCAACCGCGAGCUCGGUCCCGGCGGCGUCCAUCUCAAGAACUAUGGCAUUCCUGGUCGUAUCAACCUUGUCGAGGCCCUGUCUGACAUGGGCAAGGAUGAAGACCGAGUAUCUGAUCAUCUUGAUCAGAAUGAUGCUUGGGUCGACUUGGAUGCCCAGAAGGACACCAUCAAGUCCGCCCUUCAGCCCAAGUCUGACGUUCAAGUCACAGUCGAGGCUACCGAAGAAAUGAUCAAUGAACUUCAGGCUUGUAUCAUUGAUGAUUACUGGACCGAAGAAUCUAUCCGACUUCGAGCCAUUGGCGCUCUCCAUGACUCGGUUGAGAACUGGUUGGAAGGAAUUGGCCAGGCGGAUGAUGCCCACGACUCAUCUUCUGAUGAUGAGCAUUCUGUUUCCUCAAAGGAGACCUCUGGCGUGAAGGCCAAUGUCUAUCAACUUCCGAAGUUUGAGACCUUCCAGAAGACCAAGUUCAAUGCUCCCAUCUUUGAUAAUGAGACCUACUUGACCGCUUACAACGACGUCAUCCUUUCCUCGGCCGUCUGCUGGGGAAAGUCCGGCGAGGAAUCUGAUUAUGAUUCUGCUGACGACAUGCCCACUUUUUUCAAGUCUAGCAACUAA